UAACUUAUUAACUGUAUUAAAACGUUAUUUCAGUAUGAAAUCAUUUUUCUGUUGGUCGCUGUGUCAUUACAACAAAAAGGGGUAAAUGGCGAAAAGGGGUAUAGCGUUGAUGGUUACUGUAGGCUAGGCUACGAUGCUUCGGUAUGCUACCUGAGCCGUAAUGAUGUUGUAGGCUAGCCUACUGUACUGUACGUAGGCUUCAGUUCCUGAGCUUCACAGGACCGCUCAGUUACAGAACCGUCCUAAACGAUAACAACACUUCCGCUUAUGAGCAACUAGAAGGGGGACGAGGUCAAGUAGGGACCAUUCCGUGCCGUUGGUCAACCCAGUGCUAGAGCCUCCAGCUGGGUUUUCCUGACCUUGCUCCACUUGAUUACACGGCUUUCUCCAGUCUUUCUCCGCCCUGCAUUACACCCAGACGUGCUGUUCCUGUCCGUCUCAGAUUCCCUAGAACCACCUCUCCCUUCCUGGGUUGAGACAGACAUGUCUGUGCCCUCUGCCCAAGAGUUCCACUGGCAGAGCCUGGCGCGGCUUCCCAGCGGGCGUGUGUACCACUCCCUGGUGGAGGUGGGGGGGCUGAUGUACAUGCUGGGGGGCUGUGAUGCCGCAGGGAGGCCCUCUCCAGCCUUAGAACUCUACUCUCCAGAGGAGGACCGGUGGCUGAGCUUGCCCCCAAUGCCAAGCCCUCGCGUGGGUGCAGCCGUGGCGGUGUUGGGCAAGCAGAUCCUGGUGGUGGGCGGUGUGGCGGAGGACCAGCGCCCCCUGAAGGUGGUGGAGAUGUACAACACAGAAGAGGGGAAGUGGAGGAAGAGGAGCUCCCUCAGAGAGGCACUGAUGGGGGUGGCCAUAACUGUCAAAGAUGGACGUGCUUUGGCCGUGGGGGGCAUGGGAGCGGACCUGCUGUCCCGUGGUAUACUGCAGCAGUACGACCUGAGGAAGGACGUCUGGGCACUACUCCCUCCAAUGCCCACACCGCGUUACGACGCUACCGCCCAUCUACUGGGCAAUAAAGUCUACGUGGCCGGUGGCCGUCAGUGCAAGCGCACGUUGAAGGUGUUUGAACUGUAUGACUCUGAGACACGUUCCUGGACUACACUUCCCAACAUACCGUGCAAACGUUCAUAUGGGGGCGUCUUCUGGGACAGUUUAGGGAGACUGUGUCUGCUGGGGGGGCUGAGGAAGGGAGGGGGCCACCAGAGCUCCAAAUUCACCAACAACGUCAACAUCUUUGAUACUAACCAGGGGUUGUGGUUGAAAUCAGAGGACACAGUUUCAAUGAAGACUAAGAGGGCUGACUUUGCCUCAGCUUUCCUCAGGGGCAGGAUGGUGGUGGCAGGAGGACUUGGUCACCAGCCCUCAGUGCUGGACACGGUGGAAGCCUUCCACCCUCACAAGAGAAAGUGGGAAACUCUGGCUCCCAUGGCAGUGCCCAGAUGCUCCGCCUCCUCAAUCGUCAUCAGGGACCGCCUUCUGGUGGUGGGAGGAGUCAACCAGGUUCCUAGUUCAGCCCAUGAGAUCCUGUAUGUGAAAGAGGAAGAGUGUCUGUAGGCUAGAAGACAGACCUUACGGGAUGAUUGACAGCAGAAUGACACCAAGAAGAUUCUAGAACAUCGUUUUCGAGAUGGAAUGGCUGCAGCUCCGUGACAAAUGCAAUAGAUGCGGCAAAGAGAUUGGUGGAACUCCAGCGAAACAUUGAGAAUCCAAUGGAAAGGUGUCGGGUAACCCCCUCUUACUCCGCAUGUGCACAGGUUGCAUCAAACUCGAUGGGUUCCAGUGGAAGGCUUUAUUUCAAUGGGGGUGAAUCUGCACUGCUGCAGUUUAUCUGCCGGACUCGGUUGCACUCCGAAGGUGCUAACGUGUGAUGUGUUUGUGUAUGUGAAAGCAGCAAGAACACUUUGGCAGCUCAAUACAUUUACUUGAAGAACCAAAUCAACAUUCAUUGCGUUUUAUAGGGCAUUGAAUUCAUACCUGGCACCCUGAUUUCUGUCAUUUUUUUUUUUGCAUUUAGAUCCUGGUAGAACUUCAAAUAGGCAGAAACUAAAACUUUUCUCCAUGCUAAGUGAUUCUUUCUGUGGUGAUACGGUACAUUGACGACUGCAGAAAAUGUACUGUUUGGCAACUGGACGACGCAACCUGUGGGCAUGCGCCUUUAGUCUUCAUGGUCACUGCUAAAAACAACCGCACCUAUUUCUAGAAACUACCAAUGUUAACAUCUUACAUGAACAGAGUGAAGCACAACUACUAAUUCUCAACUUUUAAAUAGGAUAUCUUCAAAAAGAAAUGCAGAAAAAACGGCCCCAUAUGUCUAAAUCAGACCAAUUGUAGGCUUGUUACAAUAACUAAUACUCCUUGAAUGUGCACACUUCUAUCCCCUCUUUACCGCAUCUGUUAAGAUCUACAGAGAAACAGAAAGGGUCUGGAAAUCAUGCCACAAACGCUGAACAGCGCCCUCUGCUGCUUCAUCUAGCAGUGUACACUGAACUCUAAGACACUGAGAACUUCCAGUAAAUCACACAAGCUGUACACAUAGACACUGAGUGAGUCCUGGGAAACAAUACACCUUUCUUCCACACCUCUGACUAGUUUUUAUUCAGCCUUACCUUAUAGAGAUGAGUAACCCAGAUUCUGUAGCUCCAAUGCCUGAAUGAAUGAAUUAAAUGCCAGAAACCCAUACUGGGUGGCCUGCUAAUGUAAUUUAACACUUUAAACACAUUUUUCUGUUCAGUGGUAUUCAAAUCUGGCCCACUAAGCCAGCUCCACUCCAUGUUUUCAUUGUAACCCUCUAAUCAGGAACCUGUUUAUACCUUAGACACCAGGUGGGUGCAAUUAAUGAUGAGUUAGAACAGAAAGCCAGCGGGCUCCAGACCUCAUAGGGCGAGAUUUUAAUACCCUUGUUCUAUAUCAAUCCAAUCAUGUGUUGUCCCUUUACUUUUUAUUUCAUCACCACAAGCCUAGAAUGGAGAGUAUGAAGAAUUCAUUCAAAAUCUAGAAGGAUAGUCAUAAAACCAUAUGCAUACAAUUUCUGUUUCAUAAACCAUGUAGAGAUUUUUAAACACUAAGAGAUUGAUACAUUAUUCAUGUUUAGGGAGUAAUCAUGAAUCCUACUAGAUGGAAAAAUAUAGCUUUUAAGCAAAAGAAUCUACAUGUCCUCAUGAAAUUGUCCACUUGUAUUUAAUUAGUGGUAGAAUUGGAAGUAGUUUACAGUGUCUUGACAAUAUGGAAAACAGUUCAUAAAAGUAUGAUAUAGUUAAUGAACCCACAUUUCCAUCACUGUUUAUGGAGCUGUGUUAUAGGUGCUUACAAUUGUAUUGUGUAUCAAGUUCAAAGUAACCUACGCCAGGCUUUCCUAAACAUAAAGCCUGGGGGAACUCAUUGUAAAACAAUAGCAAAAUAAUGUCAUUGUCAAUCAGUGAUGCCUUGCAACACGUCAAACCCAUCAAACAUUAUGCUCAGACGGAGGAUCAGCUGAACUCACUAGAUUUGCAUUGAUUAAAACUUGAUUUUGCAUAUAGAUCCCACUUCUGGGAAAACAUAUUUUUACACAUUUCCUUCAGGUUUUUUCUCAUUUUCUGUAGUGUGGCGAACUAGCAUACAGACAAACAUAAUGGGACCUAAACGAUUUGAAAACAGUGAUGAAAAUAACACAGUUAUGUGAGAGAGUGGUUCUAGAAAUGUGACACCCAAUCAAAAUAUCACUGCUGGGAGCCAUCUACAAGGUUUUAACCAACAACAUGUGUAGAUCUUUCCCAGACUGAAGGACAUCUUGGUCCAACAGGCUGUACUGUUGUUUUUGACUAACUGACUGUUCAAUGUGUUUUCUGCUAUAUAGACACACCAUGUGUUGUGAUACACUCAACUAUAUGCAACUUGACCCAUUUCAGAUACUGCCAUCAUGCUUUUGAAGUUUACUUUUUGUAGCAUACAUUCCCUUGCUCAUACAGUUGAUGUGCAAAUGUUGCAUGUCAUUAAGCUUCUAUAAACAGCAACAAAUAACAGAAAUAUAGAUACUUUUUCUGUAUUGUUAGCAAAAAAUGUGCCUCUUAACCCAGGCCAUUCUAGUCCUGCUAUAUUAAAUUAACAGGUGUCUUUAAAAGGGUGGAAGACAGUUAAAUCAUUGUGAUACAAGGCAUGUCGCCGACAGUAGCUAACAAGGGCAUCUUUUGAGAAGUAAUUAGGGUGACUGCUAAAGCACUGUCUAUGAUUUUAUUUUUCACCAGCUUUCCAAGCAAAAGCUAAUGUUGCUAUAGCAGCUAAGUAGCCUCAUCUGCUCACGCUUUGCUUGAACAGACCAAGUGAACACACGACUAAAACAGUCCUUUACAUUAGUUAUUAGGGGUAUGUUUCUAUAGCUGCUACCCACAUUUCGUAUGGAUAAUAAUUUAACGUAGAUCUGAUCUUUUUUCAGGCAGAAUAGGAGAAAAUGAAAAAAAUGCUUUAAUUAGCUCUUUUUAAGCAGAUUGUUUUUGAAACACUUGCACUUCACUGCAUUUUGUAUUAUGCGUCCAAAAUUUAAGGGGAGUUUGCCACUGGGCAAAAUACACAGUGCCGUUAAGUUUGGAAAUGCCCCCUAUUAAGUGACUGUUCUCUGUAACAUACCAGGGAGGUUUUCCAGACCGGCAGAUGCAACUGUACACAACACACUCAUUCUUCUACCGUGAACUACAGUACAUAAAUCAUUUAGAAGAGAUUUAACAGAUCUUUGGGACCCAGCCUUUACUUCUUACAGAGGAAAUAUAUUAAGUAAUCACAUGCCAGUCACAUCUAGUGUUCAGAACUACAGUUUUGUAACACCCUCUACUCUAAAAUUUGUUCAGUGAUUUCAGGUGACUGAAUUGCUGCAAAAUCUUUGUGAGGUUAUAUCAUGGUUCAGUGGACAAGAAACAAAAAGGAUUUUGGGGCGCCUUGUCUUGUAUUUCCAAGGUAAUUUAGUGUUGGUGUUUAUUGCCUACAUAGUAGUUGAGCAUCUGCAUAGAACAGAACAUCAGUAACCACGUUUCCAUGUGCAGUUUUGGUGCAAGCUGGAAAAAUAAUCAAGGAUGUAGGAUGACAUGUUGGUUUGCAAAACACUAGAUUACUUAUAAACCUUGCUCUUGUCAAUAGCCCUUAUCCAAUGAUUAAUUACAUGGGGGAGUUUUCCACUGUGAACCAGCGGGUUUUCCCCUGACUUAAGAAGGUAAUAAAGUUUGAUUAACACUCCCCCAAUUCAGGCCUGAAUUUCCCCCAGAAAGAUUGAAUCCCAAGAAUCCCCCUAUUUAUUCACAGCACACACAUAAAUUACCCACAAGGAACUGUCUUUCUCUGUAAAUAAGUUAUAUAUAGUGUUUUAGGAAUGAUUGCGUUCUUCUGCUCUGUGUAUGAUUUGCCUGUAGUUUUCUUAAAGCAUUUUCUCAAGGUCAUUUGGAACAUACAUAUCUUUGUUUUUUACACCCAUUGUUGUAGACUUACUGCUUGCCUUGUAGUAUAUUUUAAACAGGUAAUAUAGAUGACAUCUUAAUAACUAAGAACUAAUGUAAUGUUUUUCCUUUUGUAUUGCUUAGAUAUACUGUGUAUUUAUAGUCACACAAAAUUACUGGCACCCUUAAUAUAGAUGAGAAAAGAAGGCUGGAUAAAAUAGAAAAAAGUUAAAUAGCUAUAUUCUAUGGUCAGAAAUAGGACAAUUAUUAUUUCAUACUAAUAUAAUUGCUUAUAAAAAAUCUUAAUGUUAACAAAUAAUACAUACGAAUAAUACAUGUUUCCUCUCUCAAAGAUAGGUGUCACAAUUGUAGACAUCCUAGUAAAAUCAACCCUUAAUUAAAUCUGCAUUAACGUUCUACUUCCAUGGCUUUGUGUUUAACAGGGGUAUAAACAUUUGCAUUUAGAGACAAAUGUUUAUUCCCCAUUUUAAACAACAAUCUUGCAAUGGGUACAAAAUAAUUGAAAUCGUAAAUAUACUACUGACCUCUAUUUGGGCAAUAAUGAAGCGUGCCAAUCAUUUUAGAUGUGACUGCGUAUAGGCCUGUAUGUUGUAUCUGAAAUGUUUGCAUUUUGUCAACAGUUUGCUAUUGAUACUAUAGAUGGAAAUUCACUUAAGUUAGGGACCACCCAUUUUAGUACCGCAACUAUAAUCAACUCCUGAUAAAUAGUAUGCAGACAUGGUAUGCCUGGAGAAAGUAAAGAAUAAUGCAUUUGAAUUUACUGCAUUCUACUGAAACAGUGUGUGCAGUUACUUAAUGUGCACAUAUCAGGAGGUGACUACCUACAGUUUAAUGUGUAGCCUAUGUAUUGCUAUUGCAAUAGGAUUUAUAAUGGUGUACUCUCAUGUGUUCAUAUAUUUGUCAGUUGGAAGGUUAAUCAUGCUUGGUUUAGAGUAUGUACCAAAUGUGUAUUGAAUUGUGUUCUUUAGUAUUAUGGCAGUUGGAGAGACCCUGCCAAAGUUCAGAACUUAUGUUAUAAUUACAAUACCUGCAAUACUAGUCAAAGGUUCAUCUGUUUUGGUUUGUCAUUAGUGCAUUAUGUAUUGAUGAGUAGCUUCAUUCUCAGGAUGUUAUAGAAAAGCACAAACUAGUGGAUGGAUACUAUGUGGGUUUAAUGAAGUAUUCUUCUAACUGAAUUAGAAAAUAAAAGUUAAAGAAAAUUAUUCCAUCCAGUUUUUACCCAUGCUUUAUCAUUUGUGUUUAUUUGUUAUUGUCAGCCUUCAUUAGGCAUUGACUUGAAAUCUCACUUUUCACCACCUGAUGGCAGUUAAACACAACAUCUAAGCUGUGUAAACUGAGGCACAUUGUUCUUAUGUAGGUAAUUGUUAACUCAAACGUACUAAAUUGGCUGAAUCUAUAACUUUUCAUUGCGCUGGAACCAUAGACAUAGCCCCUCUUUAUGGCUGACUUAUCUUUUUGUUCUAGUCUUUGCAUUUUUGGGUCGUUCUGGGAACAUGGUGGCUUUUGGACCUGCAAAAUUGUUUAUAAUUUUGCACAAUAAUAUUAUGCAAAAUUGUUUAUAACAACUGCGGUAGUUUUGAAAGUGAAAUGUUUUUCCAUUCUUGCUUGAUUUAGGAUUUCAGCUGCUCAACAGUUCGGCAUCCCCUUGGUUUUAUUUUUUGUUUCAUAAUGCGCCAAAUGUUUUCAAUGGGUGACAGGUCUGAACUGCAUGCAGGUCAGUUUAGCUCCCAGACCUUUUUACUAUGCUGUUGUAAUACGUGCAGAAUGUGGUUUGGCAUUGUCUUGCUGAAAUAAGCAAGGCCUUCCUUGAAAAAGA